AAUCUUUUUAAUUAUUAUUCUUUCUUUCUUGUCCACCACCUCACCAUAAAAAUGAAGUCCUACGGCGUUGCUUCGCUCGGUCUGCUGGGCUGUGCCCUUGCUCUCCCCGCGCCCCGCGGCCACCCUCACGGUGCCCACCUCGGCAACGAGCAGGGAGGAUUUGCUUUCCCAACUCCAAGUCAGGGCCUGCCAUACCCUAUCCCAACGGGUUCGGGCAUUGCCUUCCCUGGUCCUUCGGGGGUCCCUUCUGGCUUCCCUGAGCCCAGCGGUGGUUUCGCGCUCCCAUCGGGAUUCCCAGUCCCAGGCGGCGAUGCCCCAUCUCCUACCGCUCGGCACGGAAAGCAGCGAAGGCGUGAUCUCAGCGACCUCUUCCCCUCUGGUUUCCCUGACCUCGGAGAUCUCUUUCCCUCCGGCCUGCCUGGAUUGGGUGACCUCUUCUCUGGCUCUGGAUCUAGCUCGGGCUCGGGCUCGGGCUCGGGCUCAGGCUCAGGCUCAGGCUCAGGCUUGGGUGGCCUCUUCUCUGGCUCUGGCUCAGGCUCUGGCUCCCCUGAGCCUAGUGGCGGCCCAUCUCCUACUCGCAACGAGAAGCAGCAGCGCGAUCUAAGCGACCUCUUCCCAUCUGGUUUCCCUGACCUGGGUGACCUCUUCUCUGGUUCUGGUUCUGGUUCUGGCUCUGGCUCUAGCUCAGGCUCUGGUUUGGGUGACCUCUUCUCAGGCUCAGGCUCUGGCUCCCCUGAGCCUAGUGGCAGCCCAUCUCCUACUCGCAACGAGAAGCAGCAGCGCGAUCUAAGCGACCUCUUCCCAUCUGGUUUCCCUGACCUGGGUGACCUCUUCUCUGGCUCUGGUUCUGGUUCUGGUUCUGGUUCUGGUUCUGGCUCUGGCUCUAGCUCAGGCUCUGGUUUGGGUGACCUCUUCUCAGGCUCUGGCUCUGGCUCCCCUGAGCCUAGUGGCGGUCCAUCUCCUACUCGCAACGAGAAGCAGCAGCGCGAUCUAAGCGACCUCUUCCCAUCUGGUUUCCCUGACCUGGGUGACCUCUUUGGCUCUGGUUCUGGUUCUGGUUCUGGCUCUGGCUCUGGCUCAGGUUCUGGCUUGGGUGGCCUCUUCUCAGGCUCAGGCUCAGGCUCCCCUGAACCUAGUGGCAGCCCAUCUGCUACUCGCAACGAGAACGAGAAGCAGCAGCGCGAUCUCAGCGACCUCUUCCCCUCUGGCCUGCCUGACUUGGGUGACCUCUUCUCUGGUUCUGGUUCUGGUUCCCCCACCACUGAGGGCUCUGGAAGUGGUGCAAUCCCUACGCCUACUGGUAUCUUUCCCUUCCAGGGGUAAGGUAAGGUACUCGACGAGGAUGAAGACGCGGAAGAAAAAAGGUACGAUAAUACGCGUGGGAUAGGAUACUGCGGGUCAGACCUAGGUAGUUUGCAGAAGUUGGCUAUUAAGCCAGACCAUUCAUUAGCUUUUAGGUACUUUUAAAGACCAAUCCUG